GAAUGAAUUUGUGGACAGCAAUAUUUACUAUUGGAAUUGUUUGCACCAUUUAUACAACAUUGGGUGGCUUGAAAGCUGUAAUUUGGACAGAUGUGUUUCAAGGAGCUGUUGUCAUUGUCAUGCUAAUCGUUACAUUGUUUAUGAGUGCAGACAGUAUUGGAGGUUGGCAUGAAGUAUGGCGCAUAAAUCAUGACACAAAUCGUUUUGUGUUCAAUGAUUUCGACUUCGAUCCCAGAAUUCGUCAUACGUUCUGGAAUUUAAUAAUUGGAUUGACCUUUCUCUGGGGAAGUAUGUAUGCAACCACGCAGUCACAAGUUCAACGUUACUUGGCUUGUUCAUCACCAAGAAAAGCAAAUCAAGCUUUGGUUUUUUCAAUGCUUCUCAUUGCGUUGUCUCUUCUCCUUUGUUUACUCAUCGGAUUAGUAACUUACGCCUACUUUCACAAUUGUGACCCUUUGAUGACUAGGGAAGUAUCUUCAGCAGACCAGUUGGUUCCACUCAUGGUUUUACGAAUAUUCCGCAAUCAACCUGGACUUUCCGGGGCAUUUUUAGCAGCUGUAUUUGCAGGAUCCUUAAGCACUGUCUCUUCUGGUAUUAAUGCAAUGGCAUGUGUUACGUCGGAAGAUUUUAUUCGACCGUUUGUAAAAUGGAGUGAUCGCACUAUGACUAUUCUCGCAAAAGUUCUGGUACUUUUGUAUGGCCUUUUAACUAUUGGCUUUGCAUGUCUCUCGAGUAUUCUUGGCAACGUAUUACAAACUACACUGACGUUACUUGCUGUUAUAGGAGGCCCAACUUUGGGAAUAUAUACUCUUGGAAUAGUGUUUCCGCCAGCAAAUUCAUAUGGAACGUUUUCUGGAUUCGUUGUUGGCCUUGCAAUAAUAACAUGGAUCUAUGCUGGAAGUCAACGUUAUCGUCUACCUGUUCAGUUUCUAAAGCCUAAAUAUCGCAGUGUAUCAGGUUGCCCAGUUCCGGUUACCGAUUUAUUAAUCAAUUCUACAAUGGAAAUGAUGACAUCGAUACCGGUCACAUCCGAAAUGGAGGUAUUUAAUACAACUGCGGUUCCUCAGCUUCCAGGACCUGAACCACGACCACCACUGGCAGAUUUUUACUCCGUCUCUUACACUUCCUACGCUCCAAUCGGAUUCGGAAUAACUUUAGUGGUUGGUCUUAUAAUAAGUUUGUUAACAGGUGGACACAGAAACGUGAAGCAUGUCGAUCCGAAGUUGAUUGUACCUUUGUUCGAUCACCCUAUACUGAAGUCAUGUUUACCAAAAUCUUUCAGAAAGAUGAUGUGGUGUGGAGUGGAUCAUGAUAAAGUAGACGAUAAAACAGAUCGCAUUCCUGCCAAUGAUAUUUUAAAACAUAAAAACGGUCAAGAAAAUCCUACAUUUGAAGCACAAGACGAGUUGAAAGUAUGAAAUUGCACAUUACGGAUUCGUCUCUUCAACCUUUUUACAAGCAUUUUUUCAUUUCUGAUGUAUUGUAAUUUAUUCAGUUAUCACUACAGAAUGAAACGCUAAAAUGUACUAACACUACAAAAUACCAAAUACUAAAACUAGACCAUAUAAAUUAUAACCAUAUUUCGCUAUAGUUCUAUAUGUUCUAUAUAGUAUAAUACGGUUGCGCUUUAAUGAUUGGUUUUCGGUAUAUUUGCUUUCAAGUAUAUAUAUAUAUGAAACGUUAUUAUGUACAAAAUAAACUAAUUGAAUAAACUGUUUCUAAAUUACAGCUAUAAUAUGUAUAUAAAAUAAAUGCUACGUUGAUAAGGAACUACUUUACAUAUAUUUGGUUUGCUCUAUCCAAAAAUAACGCAUCGACAUCUAAACCGGAAAGUAUUUAAAUGUGCGCUAUGCGUAAAAAAUUCUGGUUAAAACGUACCGG